UUCGGACAAACACUGUUCUUUAUCGAGAACACAAAUCCCUCGUAAAGCGUAAAAGAGUGUAGAGACGGUGUGUGGAGAAGUGAAGAGGACAUGACCGCACCGGCAACACCGACGGCGACGAACACCAUGGCAGCCCCUCAUCUCAAGACGGUGCUGAUAACGGGGAUCAGCCGUGGGCUCGGCAAAGCCCUAGCAUUGGAGCUGGCCAAGCGCGGCCACACCGUAAUCGGCUGCUCCCGCUCGUCGGAUAAGAUUUCAUCUCUUCAGUCGGAGCUCGCUUCAGCCUCCGAGAGCAAGAGCAACGCUAACAAGCACCUGUGCAUGACUGUUGACGUGAGGUCGGAUAGCAGCGUUGCGGAGUUGGCGCGUGCAGUAGUGGAAAAGAAGGCCGUUCCUGAUGUUAUAGUAAACAAUGCUGGGACGAUAAAUAGGAACAAUAACAUAUGGGAGGUUCCAGUAGAUGAAUUUGAUGCAGUCAUUGACACUAAUAUCAAGGGGAUAGCAAAUGUAUUGCGCCAUUUCAUUCCAAUUAUGAUAGAGAACAAGCAUGGGAUAAUUGUUAACAUGUCAUCUGGAUGGGGAAGAUCUGCUGCUGCACAGGUAGCACCUUAUUGUGCUUCCAAAUGGGCAGUGGAGGGUAUGACAAGGGCAGUUGCAAAGGAGUUGCCUCCUGGAUUGGCUGCUGUUGCACUCAGUCCUGGUGUGAUUAAUACGGAGUUGCUUCAGUCAUGUUUUGGAAAUUCAGCUGCUUUAUAUCCAACCCCCGAAUCAUGGGCUCCCAAGGCAGCUACUUUAAUUCUUCAUUUGUCAGCAGCAGACAAUGGUGCAUCUCUCAAUGUGUGAUACUCGUGAAUAUUCAUUACACCAAAGAGCCUUUUGCAUCAAACAAGAAUUCUUUCCUCUGCCGCCCUUGUGAACGUGGAAAGAUGCAAUGUUGAAUUUCUGCAGCGUCCUAGAACACUUAUUUGCGACAGAGUGUUCGAGUACCUCCACUACUUCAGAGAAUUACUUGUAGACCUGUAGCGUCUCAAGUCCCUCCUUGUGAAAUUUAUACUCUUAACAGUGAGGAAGAUGAGGUGACUGAAAUAGUUACAUGCUAAAUGUGAAAAAUUCAUUGUUAUUUAUUAUUUUUGUCCAUUAAAAUUACACACUUCUUUUUCCCUUGAAGUUUGUUCAGACUACGAAAGGAUCUUCAUUAAGGUUUGCUUCGUAUGUAAAA